UUCCCCCUUUUCAUUUUGUCCUCCUAUUCUCAGAUUCCCACAUCCAUCUCUGCCAUCUCUGCCAUCUCUCUUAACCCUUUAUCAACUCCCUGCUUUCUUCUAUUUUAUUUUUUAUUUUUUAUUUAUUCUUAUCGAAAUCAGUCAAUAAUUUUCCUAGUUCUAGAAAAAUUAGAAAUCCAUCAAUCAUCAUGUGCUGGUACUCAAUCAUGUUCUGAAAAUUCCUUGCAAACAAGUAGAAACUGCAGAGAUUAUAGUCAAUUGAAGCUAAAGAUUAGGAGGGUGGUAGAUAUUUUAUCAAAAAGAUGGGAUCUUUCAAGGGUCAUGCUGUACCAGGAUCACUGUUUCUUGCGGUUGGUUUGUGGCAUAUAUGGAGCGCUAUGUUUCGAUAUGUUUCCAAUCCCAAGUCCUUUCGGGUCCAGGUGUGGAACCCAGUUCCUGGUUUUCAUGGGAAGCUCAAGUAUUUGGAGCUUUAUGUUGUUGCCAUUGGUGCUCUUAUUGACAUGUGUAUUGAGCUUCUGUAUUCAACCCACCUCAAGUUUUUUGUCAAUGGUGAAUUGAAUCCGUCCCACUUCAAUGAUUUUGAACAUUCAGGGAUGCUUCUCAUGUUCUUUCUUUUUGGUGUCAUCGCAAUUCUCUCAGAGAAAACAAGUUUUGUUCCCUUACCACACGAAGCCCUUUGCCUGAUUGCUGCCGCAGCAUUCUGUGCAGAGUACCUGCUGUUCUACUUUCACUCAACAACUCAUAAAGGCCUUGAAGGGUACUACCAUCUCCUUCUUGUCCUCCUUAUUGGACUUUGCAUCUUAAGUGCUGUAGGAGGAGCUCUCUUCCCAACCAGCUUCCCAGUUGAUUUGUGUUGCGGAAUUGCCAUAACUCUCCAAGGUCUCUGGUUUUAUCAGACUGCUUUCACACUUUAUGGUCCCAUGAUGCCAUACGGUUGUCAACUUAAGGGAAACUCAAUUAUAUGCCAUUCAGCUGACAAUGAGAUUCGAGGGGAGUUGCUUGCUAACUUUCAGCUCUUUGCUCUGACCCUCGGUGUUCUUGUUGCUGUUGUGGGAUCAUAUGUUUUUGCAGCCUCAAGAUAUGAGAAUUCUGAUCUUAGUAGCAUGCAUGUAGCUCGGGAUGGGUUGAGUCGCGAUUAACAUUGUGGUAUGCAGGGUAUCUAUUUACAUUUAUUCAGCCCUCCUAAGGAGGCAUUUUUUUUCAUCUGUAAUGGAUGUAACUUAUUAGCAGCUAACAUUUCCAACAUCAUAUCACCAAAGACAUCAGGAAAUUUUGAAGUUGACGGUAAAAUAAAAUAAUCAGGAAAUUUUUGU